GUGUGUGUGUGUGUGUGUAUGUGUGUGUGCGCGCGCGCGUGUGUGUGCUUUACGUAGUGACGUGCUGGGAUUACGGGGCGCAGGGAGGAUGUGGGAGAGAACGACUGCCCCAGGAAGGGGCUCGGAAAUACAUGAAUUUCCUGGACCAAAUAGCCGCUGGGAGAUUUGUCUUGCUUAGCUGUAAAAUGCAGAUAUCUGGAGUGCUUGCCCCACUGUGUUGUUUUGAGCGCUCACGUUUUGUUGGCUGCUGUUGUAUUUAAUUGUUUUGUAUGUAAUACAGGCGGCUGGAGCUUGGAUAAGUCUCUAGGGCCUCCAUUCCUCAGUUAAUUCGUUUGUGAAAUGGGAUUGGAGGAGGCUAAACCAGCUAGCCACCAAGGCCUUUUCCUGGCUCUAACAUCACCCAGAUCCCAAGUUAUUAUUUAUUAUGUAUUCAUUUGUUAUUUGUUGUGUAUAAUCAUGACACGGUAUCCUGAAGCCAUCGAAGGCUGUGUGACGGUGGAAGGUCUGAGACAAAUUUAAGAAGAGAGAGAACCUAAAUUGGUAAUAAAUCAAUAAGAAACAAAUGUUUACAUUCACUCAGUGAAAAGUAUCAUGUCUAAGCUCAACAUAAAUCGGAGCCACACAUGGACAACUCUCCCUCCUCCACUGAGAGUGAAAAAUGAACAAAUCCCAGAAAAGGAAUAUACUGUUACAGGAACAAGUGUCAUUCAAAGAUGUGUGUGUGGACUUCACCCAGGAAGAGUGGUACCUGCUGGAUCCUGCUCAGAAGAUACUAUACAGAGACGUGAUCCUGGAAAAUUACAGCCAUCUUGUCUCAGUAGGGAAUUGCAUUACUAAGCCAGAAGUGAUCUUCAAGAUCGAGCAAGGAGAAGAACCUUGGAUAUUAGAGGAAAGAUUCCCAAAACAGUGCCGCUCAGAAGACUGGAAAGUUGAUGACCUGAUAGAGAGCAGCCAGGAAAAUGAAGAUGAACAUUUUUGGCAACUUGCUUUCACCAACCAAACGUUAAGUACAGAUAGUGGUGACAGAGUAAGGAAAACUUUAAAUCUAGGUACAGACUCUGUUCCUUCAAGAAAUUUUCUGUAUAAGAUAUGUGACACAUGUGAAAUGAGUUUGAAAAAUAUUUCAGGCUUAAUUAUUAAUAGAAAGAACUAUUCUGGAAAGAAGCCUGAUGAGUUUAAUGUAUAUGAGAAAUUGCUCCUUGAUAUUCGGCAUGAGAAAACUCCUACUGGAGGGAAAUCUUAUAAAUAUAAUCAAAAAAAGAAUCGUAGUCUGGAUCUCACUCAGCCAAUUUUUGACCCACCUUUUGAAUAUAAUGAAAAUGGACAAGGCUGCCAUGGGGAGGCAGACUCUUUCACAAACAAGAAAGCUCAGAUAGGAGAGACACACUGUAAAUAUAAUGAAUGUGGAAGAACUUUCAUCCAAAGUUUAAAGCUUAAUUUAUCUCAGAGAACUCAUUUGGAAAUGGAGCCAUAUGAAUGCAGUAUUUGUGGGAAGUCCUUCUAUAUGGAUUUAAGAUUGGGGCAUCAGAGAGCUCUUACAGGGGAAAAUCCUUAUAAUGAAUAUGGGCAGAUUUUCUGUGACAGUUCAGCUUUCAUUAUCCAUCAGGGAAAUUACACAAGAAAGAUCCCCCAUGAAUAUAAAGUAAGUCACAAAAUGUGGGAAAAGUCAACCCUCUUUAGACAUCAGAUAGUACAUAUGGGGGAAAAACCUUAUGAGCACAAUGAAAAUGGAAAUACUUUCAACAAGAAGUCACAUCUCACCCAACUUCGAAGAGCUCACUCAGGAGAAAAAACCUUUGAAUGUGGUGAAUGUGGGAAAACAUUCUGGGAGAAGUCAAACCUCACUCAACAUCAGAGAACACACACAGGAGAGAAACCCUAUGAAUGUACUGAAUGUGGGAAGGCCUUUUGUCAGAAACCACAUCUUACCAACCAUCAGCGAACACAUACAGGAGAAAAACCCUAUGAAUGUAAGCAAUGUGGAAAAACGUUCUGUGUGAAGUCAAACCUCACUGAACAUCAGAGAACACACACAGGGGAGAAACCCUAUGAAUGUAAUGCAUGUGGAAAAUCCUUCUGCCACAGGUCAGCCCUAACUGUGCAUCAGAGAACACACACAGGAGAGAAACCCUUUAUAUGUAAUGAAUGUGGGAAAUCCUUCUGUGUGAAAUCAAACCUCAUUGUACAUCAAAGAACUCACACAGGAGAGAAACCUUAUAAAUGUAAUGAAUGUGGGAAAACCUUCUGUGAGAAAUCAGCUCUCACUAAACAUCAGAGGACUCAUACAGGGGAGAAACCCUAUGAGUGUAAUGGAUGUGGGAAAACCUUUAGUCAGAGGUCAGUACUCACUAAACAUCAGAGAAUUCACACAAGGGUGAAAGCUCUUUCAGCAUCCUGAACAUUCUGAAGCCUUUAUCCACUCUUUCAAAUUUGUUAUACAGGUUUUUAAAAUGAGAUUAAUGAAACCCAAAGAAUGCCACAAAUUAUUAGAAAGUGAAGUUUUGUUGUGCUUCAGAUAAUUAGUACUAGAAUGAAACCUUAUAAUGUUUUGAAUAUGUGAAAGCUUUCAAGAAAAAUUAAAACCUUCCAUCAGAAAAUUUAUAUUGAGGGGAAAUUCAUUUAAAUAAUAUGGCAAAAACCUUUAUCUCAGAUUUAUGUUGUGUAGUGCCAUAUUCUGGAUGUGAUGCCGAAAUUGUAUUGUAAAUCUAAUGGAUGAUACUCUUUUAUAGUCAUAUUCACAGAAUCAUAAGUUUAAAAAAGUUAAAUGACAACAACAUUAAACAUUUAUGUGAAGAGUCCUUGAUGUUUGCAGGCCUUAUGUGAGUAUGCUAAUAUCAUAGAAAUUUGAGGUAUUCUUGAUAUGUAUAUUAGAGCCCAACAUGCUUGUGAAGAGAAACUCUGAACCCUUAGUUAAGUAACUAUUAUGGUCUAUAUUAAUAUUUCCCACACUAGAUAUCAUCAGUGUCUUUAUAGGUUGACACAAUUAUGUACAUAUGGAUAUGUAAAUAUGUUUAUACACACAUACCAACACACAGUGGUGUACUGCAGUAAGCUUAUACUGGCUUGCAAGUACUGCUGAUUGUUAAAUUUUCAGGAAUUUUGUGAGCCAGUUGUUAAAAAGAGUCAUUAUUUAAAAAUUAAACUAUAUAAACUUACAGUUAAAUAUUAAAAAAGCAAGGUAAUAAGUACUCAACACUCAUUACUUCCUAAUUAUUUUACAGUAUUUUGCUGUUAUCUUUGUUCUUUAGGUUAUUUGUAUUGUUGAAUCUGCAUGGUGAAUACUGUAUAAUGAUGUGCUACUGGACAUCUCUUCCCAGCUCUACAUUCAGUGCUAUCAUGUUGGUAGCUUGGCUUUAGUGGGAGUAUUUACACCAUGAUAAUUGGCAAACUCUACAAAUCAGGGUUUUGUUUUCUCAGAGAACCUGUAGUCACAUAUUUACAGUAGCACAUCACUGUGUAUUUAUGAAAAUACAUUUGGAAAAUUUAAAGUACAAGCCACAUACCCCUUUUUCCGUUUUCUGAUAUAAAUAAAUGGCUAUGGCCAUUAUUGCUGAAUGGCCUCUUGAAUAAAGAAGCCAAAAUAUAUUUUUGUGAGGUUUUUAACUACCUCUGCAUCAAUCCUAUUCUAAAUACUACCAGAGUCUCUCUGUAGUAUGGCCAGUAUAUGCUAUUUUACAACCAUAUUGCUUACCUUUCUUCUGACUUUGCUGGCAUAUGUGAAUGAGUAUGGCCAUUUUUACUGAGCUUCCACUUCCAUAAAAGAGCCAAACAAUAUUUUUCUGAGGUUACUCAGCUGCCUUGGGUCAGUCAAUAAUGCAAAUGCUAUUAAUAACAACGAUAUUUACAUAAAUUUCGCAAAGGUUAACAUCAGUUAUGAACAGUAAUGCUCACUGCAUUCUACAAAUAAAAAGUAGUGGUGUAUAAUGAAAUGCCUCUGUCAUAUUCUUGGUGCUUUGUUGCUGUAUCUAUUUAGGCAUGAUGUGUGUAACCCGAGUUGUAUGUAACAAAGGAACUAUGUAUUUAAUUUAAUAGACUGUAAUAUACUGUCUCUCUCUC